AUGAAUGUUAAAAAAUACUCCAUGUUUUUCUCACAUUUAUUAAGAAAUAAAGGAAGAAUACCAAUUUGUAGUUUUUACUGUAUUACCAAUAAUUUGCAAAAAGUUUACAAAGCACGUCAUACAAUACAUCAACCGCUUUGCAAAUUUAGUUCUAAAAAUCAAAACAAUAAAAAAGAAAAUGAAAUAUGUGAAAUCAGAAAGAAAAUCGAAUUAACCAAUUUUAAGCUAGCUGAUAGUUCAUACGAUUAUAUAAGCAGUGAUGAUUCAGAUGAAGAAGAAUACAAAUGGAAAGAGGAAAAAUCUACAGAAAGAAAGCUUGAAACAUGUGAACAUGACAAAUCGUUUGAUGCCACUCAAAGAUAUAAUCAGAAAAUAUUAAACCAUGGGAAUCAACUUCAUAACUGUUUAAAACAAAAACACAUUUUCACACAUGAUGGAGGAAAAAAAAAUAAUGGUAUCCAUGAGCAUCAUCCAGAAAAUUAUUCUGAUAUAAAUUUAAAUGACAAAAAUGAGGAUGUCAUAAGGGUAACUUCUGACCGAAGAGAGAACCAUUCAGUUGAUUUAAACCAACGAGAGAACAAAAUUAUUUGGGAUCAAAUAAACACCAGCAAUGGUUGUACAAGUGUACAGGAAAUGUAUUCUGAUGAAUUUUCAUCCAUUAUAAGGAAAAACGAUGGAGAUAAGGAGUAUGAACAAAUGAAAUUUUAUCUAAACUCGUACAUAAAAAGAAAAAAGGAAAGUGAAAAUAAUAUGACAGAAUGUCACAAGAAUGAAUCCUCAACAAGUGUGCUAAAUGAGGAACUACACAAAUUAGAAAUAUCCCUGAGACCUUCACAGAACGAUAUUAAUAACAUAAAAACAUUUAUAAAUUUUCUGCAAAAUGAAAUAAAUAAGCAUUACAAAAAUUGCCAUGUAACACCGUUUGGGUCAAUCAUAAACGGAUUUUGGAUGAGAAAUAGUGAUAUAGAUAUAUGCAUUCAAAUUCCAGUACUACUUAGUAGAAAAGAUCAAAUAAUCUUUUUAAAAAAAAUUUGUUUAAUAUUAAAUAGUUUUAAUGAUGGGAUAAUUGAACAAAGAUUUUCUGCAAAAGUUCCCAUCAUACAUUUUUAUUGUAAAAAUCCUAGACAUUCAUUUGAAUUAUCCUGUGAUAUUUCAGUAAAUAACAUUUUAGCAGUAAUUAAUUCCAAAUUAAUUCAAAAAUAUGUAAGUAUAGAUAAAAGAUUACAAAUAAUGGGAAUAGCACUAAAACAUUGGUUAAAAAAUAGAAAUAUUAAUGAUCGAUCUAAAGGAUUUUUAUCGUCUUUUUCUUUAAUCUUAAUGAUAAUUCAUUUUUUGCAAUAUGUAAUCGAACCAAGAAUUCUUACAUCUCUCCAAGAUAUUUCGUUCAGAAGAAAUGAAAAACCAUUUUAUGUAAUGGGGGUUGAUUGCAAAUAUUGUCAAGAUGAAAAUAUCAUACGAGACGAACUACGUAAAAUAAAUAAUUACAACGACACAUAUAUAUGCACUUCAAAAUUACUAAUAGAGUUUUUUAAAUUCUUUGGCUAUAAAUAUAAAAGUGGCAUAAUAGCCAUACGUGAUAUAAAUGAUUAUUACCAAAAUUUCCAAGCUUUAAAAAAUUUUGAGUCUUAUUUUCUUUUUGUUGACAAUCCCUUUGAAGUUGGAAAAAAUGUUGCAAAUAUCCUUCCACAAAAUUACAAAACAAUUGUGAAUGAAAUGAAACGAGCCUACAAAAUAUUAAAAAACAAUGGCUCCUGGAGGGACGUGUGUGGUGCUGAAAAUCAGUUCACUUGUUUGAAGCACCUUUGA